GAAUUUUUCUGCAAUUUGUGUACUGCAACUAUGAAGAGAACCAACUUCUUGGAAAGGAGCCAUUGGUCUGUCCAGCCUGUAGCCCUGAAAUGGUGGCUGUUUCUGUGGAUGGCAACAGAAAGUUGUACAGGUUCCAGAAAACAAACCAGAGUGAAGAGCCAGGGUUCUUCGAUGGAGUGUUUUUAGCCCGAGACUCUGAGGUGUCCAGUUUUGUUGAGGAGGUCCGGGGAACUGUCAAGAGUACCGCAGGAAAAGCGAUGUGUGGUGACACCCAAUGGAAUGCAGCAAGAGAGACUUCAAAGCGGGCCAACAAGUUGGAUGAAGAAGGUGUGGAAAUUGCUGUGUGUAGACAUGGAUUUCUUCUCAAAGGUCUGAAUAUGUAUAGAGGAGAAAUCUUUGCAUAUCCAAUGUUUCUUCAAAAAGAGUUCCAGAGUGCUACAUUUUUGGCCAUGGAUGUGACCUGCCGAUAUGUGCCAUACUUGACAAAAGUGUCAGAGGCCCUGACGCAUCUUCAACCCCUUCAGGAAAUGAGGCAUUGCUUGUCUGUGAUGCAUGCCAAAGCCCACAAUACAAAAUGCGAGAUUCUGUGGACUGCAAGGAACCAGGAGGGCGCCGGCACCACUCUCGGUGAAGAAGUAGAGCAAGUGAAUAGUUUUCUCUCCAGAUGUGCCCUUACCACCAAGUAUAUGGCCAAGUCAGUAAGAACUGACAUGCUGACUGUCCAUGCUAUGGGGUGGAAUGAACAGAAAGAGAAUGGCCUCCAUAUAGCCUUGUCUUCUAGAUUUAAGAAGACAGUAGAGAAGACUGUGGAUGUAGCCGAGAGCCUGAAGACAAUGCAGGAGCAGUUGCAUUGCUGUGAUGACAUGCUGAAACAAUGGGUUGUUGAUGUCAAGCAGUGGGCCAGUAGCAGAAGCGCAGCACCUGGUCCUGUUGAUGCUCAAAGUUUGCAGAUCACAAUCGAAGCACUCUUUGUGAGCAUUUGUCAGAAAAAGCACUACCUUUACAGACAGAAUGAUCGCAACAAAAGGCGACAGAAAAUAACUCAAAAGAUAGCCCAGGAAAAGAAACGGUUUCUGGAAGACAUCCAGAGAUACAACCAACAGCCUGAUGGUGACCUUGUGGACACAGAGUUAGUUGUGCAGAAACUCUCUAACAAAGCUGCAGAGAGCAUGAUCUGGCCUUGGCAGGAACAGAACACAGACGGUGUGGACAUUCUCACAAAGAAGAAGCUCUUUGACCACGUAAUGCUUGCCUCACGACUAAAAGAGGAAAAGCAGAUCCUUGUGAAGGAGAUGCUGCAGCACUGCCAGUACCUCAAGGACUCAGUGGCAAAGGUCCAGACACUGAUGGGCACUGUUUUAGUGAGCACACAGACAGGAAGCUUGCCAAAUGGAUUAACCGAGGAGGGGUCCAAGGGCCUCAUCAGUGCACUAAAAAGAAGACUGCAACACCUGAGACUCCAACAGCAGACCAUAGCAGGCACCUACAGAUGCACUCUCAAACCAAGUAACAGGCUGGUGGAAGAGGAGGACAGGGAAAUGGAAGAAGACAUGGACUGGCAACGUGGCAACACCUCGGAUGAUGAUGAUAGUGAUGAGGAGGAGGAUGCAGAGAAUUGAAUUCAAGUCACUUGGAUCUGAAUCACUCAGUCACAGCUGUAAUCGCCUGAGACCUAACUUGAUAUACUGUAAUGU